GCUUCUCUCCUUCUCAUUUGGGAUAUGUCACUUAUCUCUCUAGACAAUCUCUCUCUAUCUUUGCUCUUCCUAUUCCCUUACAAGUUCACUAAUGUUGACCGUCGGAGUGUAGAUAAUCGGGGCCAACCCCGCACUUUCACAGGUUUGGCGCCUCCCUUGUUUCUUGGCUGAAACACAUUCCAUUAACGAUCUAAUGAGCAAGAGUAUCCAGAGCUUGAAAAUAGUUGCUGAUGUGAAGACUCUUACACAAAGGUACUACCAAGGUGACUUAAUUAGAAUAAUAUAACUUUAACAACAUCUAUCCAAUCUGAAAUAGAGAAUUAGAAGCUUCUCUGAAUAUCAUACUGACUUUUCCACUGUUUUAGAAGAUCUCAAAACUUAUCAAACAACUCCUCCUUGCACUUGCUCACCUACCAAUCACAGGAUUGUGAUGCUACUAAUACUGUUAAGAGUCAUCAAGGGUACCAUGGAAUCCCCCAAUGUAUAUACAAAACAUUGUUUGCUAAAUUUAAGGAUUAUCCAAUGACGUUUAGCUCAUUGACCAAUGAUAUUUAGUCUUUCACUUCUAUUUUUAUGAUUCUCAACCCUUUGAACAAUUAUUAGUUAGUGAUAUUUGGUCAUUCGCUUCUAGCAUUGAAAAUGUUUCGUUACAAAAAUCACUGCAUUCUGUUAUACUACUCGUUGAAUCGAUUUGCGAUCAUAGUUAUUUGUUAUAUGAUUCUGUGUUGAAGACUUGGAGGACUUAUUGUUGUGGUGAUUUAGUCAUAUGAUUUUGAGAUGUUUACUAAUUGUAUAACUUUGACUUAAAAAUACAACAACCUUUUUUGAUAAGUGGGACCAUAUUUAUUAAAGGUUCAAAACAGUACACAAGGGCAUGGAUAACAAGCUCUGAUCAAGGUCACAUAAAAUCAAACAGAAAUGGACGAGACAAAAAAAAGCAGGUAAUGACAACAAUAAGAAUCGGUGCUGAAAAAUGAAACUAAAAAUUACACAAAAAAAGACUGCUACUAAGUGAACCAUGUCACUUGUGCAAAUGCUACACAAAAUCAAAUAAACAUAACGUGGCUUGCAAAGGAAAACAAAACUCUAGGCAAUAGCUUUUAAUCGCCUUAAGAUCUAAGCUAUUGAUCCACUCCUGCUCAAUGUGAAGCCCCUCCCCAUUUUCCGUUAUUGUAUUUCAUAGGAUUAAUUGUAUGGUUGGUCACUCAGAUGAUAAAAAACGUUCAUGUUUGGUCACUCAAAAUAUUUAAUUCCAUUCGUGGUCACUAAAAUUAAUUAAAGAGUUCAAUUUUGGUCACUCUCCGUCCAUCUCCGUUAACUUUUGCUUAUGUGGCAGUCAACUCUUACAAUUGAUCGUUAAAUGUGCCACGUGGCAAUUUAAAAAUAAUAUUUUAAAUUUCCAACUCAUUAUUCCAACUAAUAAAAAAUAAAAAUUUUAAAAUACCUAAUUUCUUUUCUUCUAAUUUCCAUGUUCGGAUGAACCUCAACCGUCCCUUCUCCUUCUUCCUUACGCCACCGCCGCCAGCAGCACCACCGUUAUCUCCGCCGCAGCCACCUCCACCACCACUGCCGGCAGCUCUCCCUCUUAGAUCGGAUCCCUUCACAUCAACCCAUGAGAAAUUGAAAGCCCCAACUUCACAAAUCUCUCUUUCCCUCUCUCAAAUGCCAUUAAUUAAACAUUUCAUUGUCAUCCCCGCCAUAAAUUUUCAAAUGGGUUCCAAGAAGAAGGAGGAAAGGUUCCAGCUUUGAGCUGAAUUUCGGUUUUUGGUUUUUUUCCCCCUCUGGCUUUGUUGGAGAAAGAGAAAUGGGGAAUGUGACGUCGAACGUGGCGGCGAAAUUCGCCUUCUUCCCGCCGGACCCGCCGACGUAUGACGUGCUGGAGGACGAAGAAGGGAGGCUGGUGGUGCCAGGUGUCACGGCGGACAAGAACAUGGAUGUCCAUACGUUGGAUAGCAAAGCUGGGAACAAGGUUGUGGCCAUGUUCUGGAAGCACCCUUUUGCCAGAUUCACCCCUUCUCUAUUCCCAUGGCAACGCCGCCGACCUCGGCCAAAUGCAUGAGCUCUUCAUUGAGCUCAGGGCUCAUCUCCGAGUCAACAUCAUGUGGUUAGAAACUCCGGCUUUUGUUUUAAUGCUCUGUUUUCAUUUGUGCAAAUUCACCGUACUUUGAACUUUAAAUCAACCAUUAAUGUUGAU